CUAAUAAUAGAGAUAGCAAAAGAUCGGAAAAAAAAAAAAGCAUGGGGUCAAAUUUAUCAAUACUAGCUUCAAUUGCAAUUAUUCGUAGUUCAUUCAAUGAAUUCAUCCCACAAGAAAUCCGCAGUUACAUAUGGCAAUUCAGUCGCCGGUUCUCAUCCGAACUCACUAUCGUCGUCAAAGAAUCACAUGAAGGCUCCACAAACCAUCUCUUCAAUGCCUUGGUUACAUAUCUUGGCAGCAAUACUUCCUGCUCCCCUUCUUCUUCCUCUUCCUCUUCUUCAUCCUCCCCGCGACGCCUAACGGUAGGCAAAAGCGAAAGCAUGAAAGUUCUAACAUAUGGGUUAGACAGAAACUCAGAGAUAGUUGAUGUAUUUCAUGGAAUUCCAAUGAAAUGGGGUUAUUAUACUGAUUUCAAUUCUACACUUCGUUAUGAAUUGACAUGGUAUGAGCUCAGGUUUCAUAAAAGAUAUACUGAUUUGGUUAAAAACAAGUACCUGCCUUACGUUCUUGACGUGGCUAAGAGAAUUAAAGAUCAGAAUAGGAUGGUUAAGUUUUACACUACUCGUGGUGGUAGAGAUGGGUGGAGCUCUAAAGGACAGAAUUUAGAUCAUCCCAUGACAUUUGAAACAUUAGCCAUGGAUGGUGAUCUGAAGGCAAAAAAUUAUAGAUACAUAGCUGGGUUAUUUAGAGGGAAAGAGUAUUAUAAGAAGAUUGGUAAAGUAUGGAAAAGAGGGUAUUUGUUGUAUGGCCCUCCUGGAACUGGGAAAUCAAGUUUGAUUGCUGCUAUGGCUAAUUAUCUUAAUUAUGAUAUUUAUAAUUUGAAUUUAUCUGCUGUUAAUUCUGACUCUGGUCUUGAGUUUUUAUUGCUUCAUAUGUCCGAUCGGUCAAUUCUUGAUCGGUCAAUUCUUGUGGUGGAAGAUAUUGAUUGCUCUAUCAUGCUUCAGAAUCGUCAAGCUGGAGAUCAUCAACAAGAAAAUAACACCCAAUCUUCAAGGCCUCAGGUAACACUCUCGGGGCUUCUUAAUGCUAUAGAUGGCCUUCUGUCAUGCUGUGGAAAUGAAAGGAUUAUAGUUUUCACUACUAACUACAAAGAUCGGAUCGAUCCUGCAUUGCUAAGAGCUGGCCGUAUGGACAUGCACAUAUACCUAUCUUAUUGCACAUUCUCUACCUUCAAGCAGUUAGCAGUAAAUUAUUUGGAUAUUUGGGAUCAUGACCUAUUUAGUUCCAUUGAAAAGCUUAUCAAAGAAGUUCAAGUUAGCCCUGCUGAUGUUGCAGGCGAACUAAUGAAGAAUAAAGAUCCAGAGACUUCAUUACAAGGCCUUGUCAAGUUCUUGGAAGACAAGAAAUCAGAAGUAAAAUUGCAAAAACCUGAGAUCAAAUCAGAAGACAAUAAUAGCCUUGAACAGAAGGCUGAUGACACCGCCUUUGAAAAUAAAAAAGAAGCCGAGUCUCCUAAAGCUCAUUCAACUUCUGAAAAUAAAAAAGAAGCCGAGUCUCCUAAAGCUCAUUCAACUUCACCGAAGGAAAAUAAUUAUAGAGUGAAGGGAGAAUUUGAGCCUGUUCUUGAAUCUAUUCUUUCAAAGCACGGCGAUAUUGCUGCCAAUUGCUCCUUGCAUUCUCUUCAAUGCCGUUCCUCCCUCUUGGAGAUUGUUUGUGACAUUAUCUGGAAGCUACAAGCAGCGGAGCUCAAAAAUCUAACUGAAAUUCAUCUGAAGUCCAUGUUAAAUAGCAUACAAGAUCUUGAAUCAAUUAAACUGGAAGUUGGCUGGCUGCGUCAGAGGUUAGAGGAGAUUAUGAAGGAAAUGGACAAGCAGCUAAAAGGAAGAAAUGCAGAAACAAUCCAGAGUAACAGUAAUGGCAAAUUGAAUUGUUUUAACAGCAAGUCCUCAAUUGAUGGGUUAAUUUAACUUUCACAUUUAAGCAAGUGAAUUUCCUUUAGAUGUCCUGAGAAAGUGCAGUAUGCAAUAUUAGCGUAUCUGUCUAUUAGCCUUAUUUAAGAGUAGCAGGCCAAUGUAGUGGUUAUUUAAGAAAUAUGAAACUAAGUAGCCUUAUUUAAGAGUAGCCUUGUUUAAAAUUUCCCUUAUUUAAGUUACAGUUAUUUAAGAAA